AUGAUCCGCGACCAAAAUACUCAUUGCGGCCUACCUAAAAGGUGGACUAAAUGGAGGGGAGACACGGCUGGGCUCCCAGCCACCCGCUGUCAGAGUGCCAUAACCGACCCGAUCCCCCCCAGGACUGGAGAGGGUUAUCCCGAUCCCACCUGGGGGCGCAGUGACUACGAAGCACAAAGGACUCACCGGACCCCCAGGUUACUCCUUCACAACAAGCCGAACCUAAAAUGGCGACUGAGGAGGAGAUCACACGGAUGCCAGCAUGGCAGGCACGAUUCAAUGCUAUCUUCGACAGAAUCUGUGCAGCGUUCUGGUGCCGGAUUGAAUCCCGUGCAGCACAGACACAGCCACCAUUGCAGCCAGCGACCGGCAUCAGCAGACAACCCAAAUUGUUCAGCAGCCCCUAAGCCUGGAAACAUACCGAGCGCAAGGCACUAGUGUACCAACAAGUCGCAUCGCCCACGUGGAAGCCGCUGCCGCUGUGACCGCUUACCCUUCAUCUGAGCUGGGUGCUCACAAGGAGGAAAUCCUCCAUAGCCUGCCAUACACCCAGGGAGAUCGGGCUCCGGCAGAUCCCUGUGCCCACAAUCCUGGUGAUGGGAUCAAUGGCAACUGGGCACGAGCACCCACUAAGGCCUCAGGCCGAAGACAGGCGGCCCCUGGACGCAGUGACACCACAGCACUGGAGCGAAUCAGCUGA